AUGGUAAGGGGCAUCUUCGUCGGGGCCCUGCUCACGCAGGCCCUGAAUGCCCAACUCUUGCCUGCGUUCCCUGCCCUUCCAAGUACUCCUUCUUUGGCCGCCACGCCUCCUCCAGCUCCCUCUGUAGCUGCUACGGCUGCUCCAGCGCCGUCUGCAGCUGUACCUCCUCCAAUCUUGGGCGCACCACAAGGCCCCCCUCCCCCUCCUGCAACAGGCGGAUUAUCACCCAUCGUAGCUCCUCCUCCGCCGCCGCCAAUCGCAGCUACACAGCAGUCCAUUCCUACCCCUGCUCUUGCUCCUGGUAUUCCCAGCAUUCCUGCUCCUCCUCCCACUCCAGCAGUCCCAAGUAGUACGGCUCUACCGAGCACAGCUGGCGUGGCUGCUUCUGCUUCUGCUCAGGCGAGUUUUGGAAUUGGUUUGCCUCCGUCCCCAGGUCUACCUGAGCUGGCCGCAUCCGCGCAGGCCCCAUCCGCAGAGAGCGUACCAAUUCUGGCAACUGCGCCAGCUCCUUCUGCUGCUGCCCCAGAGCUACCUGAAGUGAGUGCAUCUGAGCCUGAAGCGAGCCUCGGACUGCCCGCAGAACCAUCACCCGAAGCUCUGCCAUCGGACAGUUUCGAUACGGCCUUUCCAGGUCUUCCAGAGCCAACUGAAGAGCCCUUUGGAACGGUACCUGAGGCGAGCAGCCCGCCGCUCAUUCCCGGCCUUCCUCUCCCAUUCCCUGAUUUUCCUCUACCUGUUCCAGGACUUCCUAGUCUCGGGCCGAUCGCUGUGAAUUCUGAGGUUCCACUCGAGGCCGACGUAUCUGUUGUAGCCUCCGCUGAAGCAUCGCUUGAACCAUCCGUUGAACCAUCGCUUGAACCAGCCAUUGAACCAUCCGCUGAACCAUCUGUUCCACCUUCCAUUGUACCAUUGGCCGGAGCAACACCUGCGGCAUCAGCGAUUCCCCUCCCUCCAGCAAUUCCCCAGGUAACUCCAGUUGCAGGACAAACUAGUUUAGCUGUGGAGGCACCGGUGGUCCCUGUAGCGAGUCCGAUCGCCGCAGCAGUUUCUGUGGCCGCGCCUGUACCACUCGUGGACGACAUAACUGCGGCAGCUAACCUUGCCGCUGCUCAGGCCGCUGCUGAAGCCGCCAAUCUUCAGGCUGCCGCUGCCCAGCAACAGGCUGCUGCUGCUGCAGUCCCAGGUGACUUUGCGUAUGGAUCACCGUACGACCCUUACCAUCCUUACGGUUUCCCUCCAAGCUGGUCCUCCGGCUUUUUGCCCAACGGAUGGCCAUACGGACGCCCGUAUAGUGAUAAAUACAGCUGGGAAGAUGCCGACCCGAGGUACGCCGCCGAUGAUGACUAUGGCUACAAAUACUACGGUAAAAAGGGCCGCCACGGCCACGGCAAAGGUAGUUAUGGCCAUGGUGGUCACUGGGGUCGUGACGAAAGCUACAGCAGUUCUUACGACGACGAGGAGUGCCCUGAAUGGUGCUCUAAGUAUGACUGGGAUGAUGAUUACAGCUAUGGCGACGACGACUACGGCUACGAUGAUGAUUAUUACCGCCGAAACAAGCGCAGUGGUGGAUAUGACUACGAAGAUUCCUAUGGAGGUGACUAUGAUAGCGACUAUGAUUCUUAUGGCGAUAAGAGUUAUGAUCCUUAUGGCGACGAAGGAUAUGAUUCUUACGAUGAGAAGAGCUACGACCCAUAUGGUGAUGAUUCUUACUCCAAGAGCUACGACGAGGAAUACUACCGUCGAGUCAAGCGCAGCGGCUAUGAUUAUGAGGAUUCCUAUGGUGGCGACUAUGACCCAUAUGGCGAGAAGUCGUACGACUCCUAUGAUGGAGGAUAUGAUCCGUACGGUGAGAGCAGCUACGACUCAUAUGGUGACGAUUCCUACGGCGAUGGCUCCUAUGGUGAUGGUGAUUAUGAUAGCUACGACCAUUACCGUGCUGCCAAGCGUGGCGGCGGAGGUUAUGACUAUGAUGGGUACAGCGAUAGCUGGUAUGGUGCUGGUGAUGGCGUGGAUUACGGCUAUGGCUACGACAAGAGCCGAUAUGGCGACGACUAUGGUUAUGGCUAUGAUGAUUCUUACGGCUACGAUGGCUACGGUGACAGCUAUGGAGACGGCUACGAUGAUGGCUAUGGCGACAGCUAUAGCGAUGGCUACGGCGACCCCUACGGCAGUGGAGGUAAAGGAGGCCACGGUGGCGGCAAAGGUGGUAAGGGCGGAUCCGGAGGCGGAGGCGAAGGCGGAUCUGGAGGCAAGGGCGGCUCUGGCAGCGAGGACAACAGCUGGGAAAAGGGCGUCGGUGGAUUCGGCCCUGACAAGGAAAGUGGUGGUGGCGGCCCUCCCGCUGGUGCUGGUGGCCCUCCUGCUGGUGCCGGUGGCAAGCCUGAAUCUUCUGAGUCUGAGGGAAGCAGUGGAAAGCCUGAAGAGUCCGAGUCCGAGUCCGAAGAAAAGCCCGAGGGUGAAGAAGAGUCCUCUGAAGAAGAGUCGAGCGAGAGCGAGGAAAGUUCCAAGAGCGGUGGAAAGCCUGAGCGCCGCCGCCGCCGCGUCCACGCCCGCGAUCUUCCAUCUGCCAAUAGUGCCUCUGGUACCUUUCGUGCUCCUCUAGGUUCGAACUUUGACUGGCCCUCCAAGGACUACUCUUACGAUUCUUAUGACGAUGACAGCUACGGCGAUGGAGAUAGGAGCCGGUGCCCGAGAUCUUGCAAGGCCAAGUACGGAAAGGGGGGUAGCAAAGGUGGCAAAGGUGAGCAUGGAGGCAGCGGAGGUGGAGGUGGAGGAGGUGGAAAGCCUGGUGGUGAGGGCGGUAGCGGAGGCGGAAAGCCUGGUGGUGAGAGUGGCAGCGGCGGCGGAAAGCCUGGUGGUGAGAGUGGUAGCGGCGGUGGAAAGCCAAGCGGCGGCGGCGAGGGAGAAGAGGGCGGUUGGAGUGGAAACUUGAGCGGUGGAAAGCCAACUGGCGGCGGAGGAGGUGGACAUGGAGGUGGACAUGGAGGCUGGGGUGCUUCAUCAACAUCUUCAUCGUCAUCAUCUACCAGCAAGUCCAAGACCAAGACCAAGUCUUCCAGCACCAAGACGUCGACCAGCAAGAAAGCGACCAGCACCAAGUCGUCCAAGGGCAAGACAUCAACCACGACCACGACCAAGACUACCUUUGUGACUGUCCCUAAGAGCACUUCAACCGCUGCGUCUGAGACUAGCACAAGCAUUGACUUUGUCACCACAUACUCCACAACCACUUCAACUCUUGUGGUAUGGGAAACCCCUGCCCCUGAGGCCGAAGAGACGAAGUCCAGCGAGGAUAGUAGCUCAUGGACCGGCGACACUCUCGAUGAGGUUUGCCCCAAGGCUUGCGAUCCUUUCUCAUGGGAUACUGGUUGCGACAAGACUACCACUGGCUGUGUCACCACUGGAGGAAGUCAAUACUACUGUGCCUGCCGUGCUGGCUACAGAGCUGAUGGACACAACGCCAAGGACUUCAGCAAGCAGAUCCAUAUUGCAGGACAGCCAUACGUCUACGUCGCUCCUGGUGUUACCUGCAACACUCUCUGCGGUCCCGAUGAUCAAGGCUGCAAGGAGGUGAUCGAGAGGCCUAAGUGCAAGUAG